CCUAAACCCAAAACAGCCCACCAUUCCGCCAAAAUACCCCAGACUUCUCCCGUUUGAGAAGAGGCCUUGUAGCGACGACACAUGCGAGCGUGAAAGUCUAGCUCCCUCCUGAAGAUCACCUCGGCUUGCACACAACAACUGUGGAGAGAGACCGCCGUGACACGAAAGGCUGAGGAAUAAAUACCUACUUAUACGUCGUGCUGGGUCCUCGUUCACUUGGGGAAUUUAUUCGUUUGUUUGUGCUUCGGGACUUGUUGUUUCGGGACUUUUUGCUUUUGUUGCGGUUACAUCAACAUCCCUAUUUGAACCCCGCAUUGAGAGCUGUCUUUCUCAACAAUUACCAUCACAAGAGACGAAUUCACAAUGGCUGCCCCGGCGGAAGUUACCUUGAAGGACCUCACUGGAGAAUGGGUUAUGAACAAAACCCUCUCCGACGACACCGACGCGAUCCUCGCGCUCCAAGGCAUCGGCUGGUGGACCCGCAAAGCCAUCGCGCUCGCCACCGUCACGCUGCACGUCAAACAAUACGUCGACGACAACAAGCACACGCACAUCGACAUCGAGCAGACGGCGACGGGCGGCAUCAAAGGCACGGCCGAGCUGAGAGAGCUCGAUUGGGUCGAGCGGACGCAUAAUGAUCAUGUUUUUGGGGACUUGAAGGGCAAAAGUCGGUGGUUGGGGUUGGAGGGCGUGGAGGAUCCGUUUUUGAAGGAUGGGUGGCUAGACGGCGACGACGAGACCUCAGGUCCAGCGGGCGAGAAACAUAUCGAGAGCUGGGCGGCGAACGAGGAGAAGGGAUGGGUUGCAGACCAGAUUUGGGGCUUUGCUAUCAUUGAUGGGAAGAGAUACUAUGUUCGAAGAGUGGUUGUCACGAAGGGUGAUACGGUGCUGAAGGCUAGACUUGUUUACAACUGGAACGGGAAGAAAUAGACGAUAGAGCUGGACUUGGCUCAAGGGCAUGGGAAUCGGGAAUAUACAUACUCCUAAUUGAGGAACAUAUGUAUCGGUAUAGGCGUUCGCUCGUUUCAGUCGACUAAACGCAGAUUAUUCAUAUGUAUCUCUGUCCAAGUUCCAGGUGCCUGUUGUCUGUUCAAUGUGAUGAAUGAGUGUUGAUUGAGUGUCUGACUAGAAUACAAA